AUAACCUCUUCUGUCUACUGUCUGACUUGACAGACACUACCAUGCUGGCCGCCUGGUCGCUCCCCUGCUGCUUCACCAUCCUGUUGGGCCUGUUAGAACUGUGCCGGGCCCAGUACGAACACCUAGGCUACCCACACGGCUAUCCACAGGGCUACCCAGAGCCCGAGCAGGAGCAGUACACUGCCCCGGAGCUGCAAGCUGACACACCCAGGAUACAGCUGCGUUUGGCGGGGGACAAGCGCAAGCACAAUGAGGGGCGCGUGGAGGUUUUCUAUGAUGGCGAGUGGGGCACAGUCUGUGAUGAUGACUUCUCCAUCCACUCUGCCCAGGUGGUGUGCAGGGAGUUGGGCUACCUGGAGGCUGUCUCCUGGUCUCCGUCCUCUAAAUAUGGGAAAGGAGAGGGUAAGAUGUCCAUUAUUGCACUUCAAACCAUUAUACGUGUAAUGAUAAGGGAAAGGGGAAAUAAUUGACUAUUUUAGGGGAUGUUUUUUUAUUGGCCAGGUUUAAUCAAUUUUCCCACUGAAGCUUUUCAAUAGUACAUUUGGAUUUAUAUUUAUUCUGAGAUAUUUCACUGACAGGCCGGCUUACCAUGAAUAAAUGCUGGAUGUUUUGGAUUACCGGUAGUUCUCUUUGUCUACGUUCUGACUCAUCUUUUACCAAAAUGAAUAAGGCACAUCUGUAGUGGAGAUACAUUAGGAAUAAGGUAGUGAGUGUACAAUCUCAGCAGCAUAAUUGCUGUCAUUGUGCAGUCCACUUUGCUAAAGUUGCUUGGCUGUUUGACCUUGCUAGCUACCACUUCUCAGGUGAAAGAAAGAUUUAUCCCUAAUGUGUUGAGAAUCCUGCUGUUUUUCAGGGCGCAUCUGGUAUGACAAUGUCCAAUGCACUGGGAAAGAGAAGACCCUGGCACUGUGCACGUCCAACGGGAUUGGUGUGUCCGACUGCAAGCACACAGAGGACGUAGGC